CGAAAUACCCCCAGUCGGUAUAGCUGGACAUUUGUAUAACCAGGGUGUGCAGGAACAAAUGCAUAAGUGACCUUAGACUUUUCAUUCAAGCAGCUUCCAUAUGAACAACUUGAAUGACCCCCCCAGAUGGAACAUCCAACCAGACCCCAGAGGAAGGGGGGCGGGGGCCGGUGACGGCAACCAAUGGAACUACGCCCUGCUGGUCCCUAUGCUGGGACUGGCUGCAUUUCGUUGGAUCUGGACCAGGGAGUCUCAGAGGGAGAUCCAGAAGGUCAGAGCCCAGUAUGACAAAGACGUGUCCACAAUAAAAACCGAGAUGGAGGCAAAGUACCGCGAGACACUGACAGAGAGGCGCAGGGCAGUAGCUACACUAGAGCUGGAGCUGGAGAAGGAGCGACAGAGGGUCAAAGGUUAUAAGAAAGCUCUGGUCUCACAGAGCCAUCUGCUGAUGGAAGAACGGAAACAGUUACAUCAGGAGCGCGAGGUCUUGGAGGAAGAGAAGCAAAGGCUGGUAAAGUCCGGCGCUGCGGGGGCGGUGCUGCAUCACGCCCUGGAACGAGAGAACGACUGGUACCAGCGAGCCACCGCCACUCUGAAGGAGCUAGAGGGUCAGCUUGUGGACCGCCAGAAUGCCUACUGUUCCCUCAUCCAACCGCGAGAUCAGCGACUGGAGAUGGAGAAGAACAUGCUGCUAAAGGUUGUCAAAAACCCCAUCGGGGCGGAACUGGAUCUAGAGUCUGAUCUAAAAGAUAUUUUUAAGAGAGAUAAGCACUGUGCGGACCUGCUCAACAUGGACAAGAGGAAGAAUGGAAGCCUCAUGUGGGUGUACCUCAAGUACUGGCAGCUGCAGGUCACCGUCCAGAAACACAAGAGAGCUGAAGAAGCCAUAUUAGGAGAGAAAAUCCAGUCACACACAAACACAAGCUGGUGAUUUUCCAUUUGACUUUGAGGAAGGUUGAUAGUAUGUUGAUAUGGAGUGGAAAAUGCAUGUAUUAUUUUGUGUAAUUCUCUUUACUUGACGGGGUUGUUAUGGAAACGCACAAGAGGUAACGCCAACAAGAUAAUGUUCCACAUCUGAAAGUUUCUCCCUUGGUCUCAGAGUU